AUGGAACUCGAAGGAAAGCAAGUGCACAAUGGGGAGGUGUACGGGUUUAAGAUCAGGGCGACGAAUUGCAGUAUCUCCUUUUUGUCCACUGUAACAAACACUGUUUCUGCAAAAGGACUGGAUUAUUUUGAUUCGCUGCGUGUGACGGAUCUUUGGAAGCAGAGAACCGGGUCCGCACCUCUGUUCACAACGAGUAAAUCGGAUUUUUGCGGAACUUGGCCAGGUCAGAUGGCGAGCUAG